AUGGAAGUUGAUCCUACCGCAACGUCGUCAUUGUCAAAUGAAACAAAAAACGACCCUCAGAGACAUCGUUUGAUUAGAGCCCAGUUAAGCUUUCUGCAGAAGGCAGAUGGUUCCUGUAAUUUGGAGCAGGGAAAAACGGUAAUAUGGUGUGGUGUCAAUGGACCUGGAGACUGCCCGUCUUCGAAACGCUGUGACAACAAGUUAUACAUUGAAGUUGUUUACAGAUGUGGACCAUCCCACCAUAACAUGAUCAAGUCAAACAAGAUAUUAAACUCUGUUAUUGAACAAACAGUAGAAUGUAUUCGUUUCCCACGGGCUAUGCUCGCCAUCACAAUCCAGGAAAUUCAAGCCGAUGGAUCAGAAUUGGCUGCAGCAUUAACUGCUUCUUGUUUGGCACUCCUUGAUUCUGGUAUUUAUAUGAAUGGUAUUUUUUGUGGAGUAAAUGUGUGCAGCAUAGCCGGGAGAAUCAUAAUUGAUCCGUCGAAAUCUGAAGCCGAUAAAGCAGAUGCUCAAUUUACCUUUGCUGUAAAAGAAUCGAACUUCCUGUGGCAAAAAAACUGCACCCGCAUUGUCGCUUGUGACACAGUUGGUACUUUUGACUUUGCAACUUUUGAAGUAGCCCAAAAGUUGGCACUAGAAUGCGCGAAAGAUGUCUUCUUGUUUUAUCGAGAAACGUUGCAGAGGAAGUUGAAGUUAAGUUCUAACUCUUAG